AUGGCCCCUCGAUACCAAGCGUGUCGCGAAUGUCAUGUUGUCGUUUUAGGCGCAGCCCAGUUUGUCCACAAUCAAUGGAUUGAAAGCUAUGACCCUACCAUAGAGGACUCCUACCGGACACAGGUCACUGUUGACGACCGGCAAGUGAUGCUGGAGAUUCUUGACACAGCUGGCACUGAGCAGUUUGUCGCCAUGCGGGAUCUUUACAUGAAAACCGGCCAGGGGUUCUUAUUAGUUUUCAGCAUCACAUCACCCUCGUCCCUCACGGAGCUGACAAUGCUGCGUGAGGAGAUCAUACGCAUCAAAGACGACGAGAACGUCCCCAUUGUCAUUGUUGGAAACAAGGCUGACCUUGAGGACCAGCGAGCGGUGACACGAAGCAAGGCUUUCACAUUGUCACAACGGUGGAAUGCCCCGUAUUACGAAGCUAGCGCGCGGACACGGACCAACGUCGACGAGGUGUUCAUCGACCUGUGCCGGCAAAUGCUUAGGAAAGACGAUAUCAGUCCUGCCCAGGCCUACGAAGACGACUACAAGUACGAAGGAAACGCGUCUUCGGAGAGGAAGCGACGCCGGCGUCGGCGAGACGGCCACCGUUGCACAAUCUUGUGA